UUCCGCCUUCAGAGAGACUCUGAGGCUAUUUGUGAAGUCGCCAAUCUAGUGGAACCUUAUCUUGCAUUAUAAAAUUUUAUAAAAUUACUUUAAAGGAAUCAAUUCGUUAAUGAAAACCAAUUAACUUGAUAUGAUUAAGUGAACAUUUUGAAUUAAGUUUUCUUAAGAACUACGGUAAAGUGAAAAUUUGAAAAUGAUUUCUAAACAUUUAUUUAUUUUGUUAAUAUUGAUUCCAAACAUCAUUGCAACAAAAACAAUAAAAGAAAAUCUACAAUUAUCAUUUUCGUCAUUAACGGAAAUUGAAGACGGCGUUGCAAAUAUUGCUGAUGAAAACUAUGUAAGACCACAGUCAACAGUCCAGCGUCAACACCAAGAAACACAAGGUACAAAGGAUGAUAAACCUCCAGAACAAGAAGCAUGCAACAAAGAACGGAAAACUUACUGUUUAAAUCCACCAGAUUACCCGGAGGAAGAAAUUCGCAAGCUAUUAGAAGAAAGUAAAAUUAAUAUUUCAGCAUUCAAUAUGGAUAUAAAUUUUGAUGAUACAUCGAGUACUGAUUUGACAAACCGCGGGGAUAUUCGAAAUGCGGAACAAUUAUGUAAAUCCAUAAACAAGCUUAUAGAACCGAAGCAAGCUGAAACAGAAGAAGGCGAAUGGUUAUUUAUUAUUCCAGGCCAAAAGAUGGAAGUUGAAGAAUGUUUAGAGGACACAGUAAACAAAUCUUGUAGUUUGUUAAAUGGUGUACAAACUAUAUGUGAACAGAAAUAUCUUUUGCGAAAAUUAUACUAUUUACAAGAAGGUACUAAAAAAGAAAUAGGCGAAGCGAAGAAAUUUAAAAUUCCAUCAUGUUGCAUGUGCAUGGUUGUUCCAGCAGCGCAACGUCUUCAUGAUUUACGCCGCCGGCAUGUAAGCAAUCAACGAAAUAAGAGAAAUGCACGAGGAACAAAUCCACAUUUUGCGUAUCCUCAUCAAAUUAAAACUAUUAAACAUCAACAACCUACGUUUUCAACUAGAUUUACAUUCGAAAAUAUUAAUUGUACCGAACAAGUUGGUAAUUUAUGUACAAAAGUUGAAAACUAUCCAGUAGAUAUAAUAAAAAAAUUACGAAGAAAGGGUGCGUUUAAAAAUUCACCGUUAUUUGGAAAAGACGAACUACCAACUGUAUUAUCAACACGGGGUGAUUCCGAAAACAGAGUACCUAUGUGUGGUGCCCAACCUAGGACUAUAUAUCCACCAGCUGCUAAGAAUAUAGCUAAUGAAGAGAAAUUCUUGGUUCAAGAUAUGGAAGGUGGUUAUGUACAAGGCGUUGUUGUUGAAGAAUGCGUGAAUAAGGACCAUCCACCUUGCGAGUUUGCACAUACAUUACCUCCAGAGUACGUAACUAAAUGUGUACAGCAGUAUGUACACCGUAAACUCGUAACAAUUGAUACAUCGAGCCAAACAACAGAAUCAGAUAUUUUUCCAAUUCCUUCAUGUUGUAUGUGUCAUGUAUCCCGUGAAACAAGCAUGUCAACGAACGGUUAAAAUAUGGAAUAUCUGUGAAGUAAAAAUAAGAUGAAAUUGUCAUCUUCCAACAGUUUUUCCCGCAAUAAUUGUAAAUGAUUGAUUACAUCUGUAAAAUUUGUGAAUAAAUUAUUGUUUGAGAUUUUCAGCA